ACUUAGAGAUGAGCGGUGUUCAUGCAACGUUUAACCCAUGGCUACUUUGUUCAGCUUGUGCUGACGUCGUCCUGCACACGAUCCCCUGUUUCAAGUGGCUGCCAGGAACCUUUCACUGUUUUCUGUGUACGCCUUCUAUACACAACUAUCACCACCUUGACGUAAAAAAGCAAUUAGGACGGACGAGAGUUGGACUAUUUCGCAAAACCACGCGUUUUCUCGGCGUUGUGACGUGGUUGUCAACUCACCUGAAGCUGCGGCCAGAUUCUGCGCCCUCGCAGACAGGAAGACCCUCGUGUCGCUCAAUGGGUAGACUCAGGCGCGGCAAUUGUUGGCAAGGCCCCGUUCCCUUCUCGGACCAUGCGAUACCCGAGUCACUCCCUACGCCAAAGAGCUUAAUUCCUAGUAAGGACUUCAGUGAUGUACGUCGUUCUUGUUGAUUUAGGUUUGAUAUCGUGGUUGCCGUAAUUCAAAGCACAAACCGCGGCUUAUGAAACAAACUUUCCGUUCG